UGAAUGAUUCUCCACUGUAGUUUUAUCAUACCUAGGCAUUCAUUAGUUUAAGACUUCCAUUCUCUUUGAGCAUGUGAUCUUUCAUGUUUCUUUAUAUCUUCUCUCCCUCCCAUUCUCACCUCUAAUAAGCAUAUCAAACAACAGACUGUCCAGCUCUCUGUGUGUGGUGGAGUGGAUUUUUCCAAUGGAAACAAAAAAAUAUUUUGCUGUAGGAUGUCUGUGCUGGGUUCUUUGCCUUUUUCCUGUUAUCUGCAAGCCAGAGUUAAAAACAGUUGGCCCAACUAUGCAACGCACGGCCUACCAUUUCCAACCUCCAAAAAACUGGAUGAAUGGUUGGUCUGCCUUUUAUAAUCUCUGUUCACAAAUUUCUGCUUUGCACUUUUGUUAAAAUGAUUGGAAAUAUAUUAUUUUUGUUUUAGUUUUUAAACUGUUUUGCAAACGAGUCACAGUUCUCUCUAGUCCAGAUUUUGUUAAGUCAUUACUUCAGGCUUUCAGAACUGAUUGGGAUUUUUCUGGUUUGAUUUUCACUGUCUGACAUCGGUUCAUGAAUUGGGGACAGAUCCAAAUGGGCCCCUGUUUUAUAAAGGAUUGUACCAUUUGUUUUACCAGUACAAUCCUCAAGGAGCUGUAUGGGGCAACAUUGUGUGGGGGCAUUCUGUGUCGAAGGAUCUUAUCAAUUGGAAGUCACUGGAUUUCGCAAUCAUUCCAAGUGAAUGGUAUGAUAUAAAGGGUUGCUGGUCUGGCUCUGCUACAUUAUUGUCUGCAGAAAAGCCUGUGAUUCUUUAUGCUGGAUGGGACAAUUCCUCUAGACAGGUCCAGAAUAUGGUUGUCCCUAAAGACCCAUCCGAUCCCUACUUAAAGGAAUGGGUGAAAAUCCCUGAAAAUCCCAUUAUUGUUCCAGAGAACGGAAUUAAUGCAAGCUCUUUCAGAGAUCCAACAACCGCCUGGCUUGGCAAAGAUGGGAAAUGGAGAAUUGUUGUGGGUAACAAAGAGGACCAACAUCAUAAUGGAAAAGCCCUCCUCUAUAUAAGCAAAGAUUUUGUUCACUGGACCAGAAAGAAGCACCCUCUCCAUUCCUCUAAAAAGACAGGAAUGUGGGAGUGCCCUGAUUUUUAUCCUGUUACUCCAUUGGGAAAACUUGGUCUGGAUACUUCUGCUACUGGGCCUCAGAUUAAACAUGUCCUGAAGGUAUCCCUUGAUGAUACAAGAUUCGAGUACUAUACAGUUGGAACUUACUUCACAGACAUUGAUCGGUAUGUUCCAGACAGUACAAGUGCAGACAAUAAAAAUGGACUGAGAUAUGAUUAUGGAAAAUUCUAUGCAUCCAAAACAUUUUUUGAUAGUCAUAAGAACAGAAGAAUCUUGUGGGGAUGGAUCAAUGAGUCGGACAGUGUACAGGAUGAUAUUGCAAAGGGCUGGUCUGGUGUUCAGGCCAUCCCAAGAGCAAUAUGGCUAGACAGCACCUCCAAAAGUCAGCUGAUACAGUGGCCGGUUUCAGAGUUGGAGUCCUUGCAUGCAAAUAAAGUCUACAAAGAAAACAUCAUUCUCAAAAGUGGAUCUGCCAUAGAGAUUGGAGGUGUGAAAGCUGCACAGGUUGAUGUAGAGGUUUCUUUCAAUCUCCCAAGUCUUACAGAUUUAGAGAAGAUGGAUGCCAAUUUAAAUGCUCAACAACUGUGCUCCAAUGAUGGAGCAGCUUCAAAGUCUAUGGUUGGUCCAUUUGGGCUACUGGUUCUGGCUUCUAAGAAUUUGGCUGAACAUACUGCCAUCUUCUUUAGGGUUGGCCUUCAUCAAAACAAAAUGAAAAUACUAAUGUGCAGUGAUCAGAGCAGAUCAUCUUUGAAAACAGAUGUUGAUAAAACAACAUAUGGAAGUUUUGUUUCUUUUUCCUUCAACAAAAAGAACGUCUCUCUAAGAGUACUGGUUGACCAUUCAAUUGUAGAGAGCUUUGGAGAAGGGGGAAAGACUUGCAUAACUGCCAGAGUUUAUCCUAAUGUAGCAAUUGGAGAAGAUGCUCAUCUUUACUUAUUUAACAAUGGUGUUUCUUCUGUCACAGCUAGUAAAUUGACAGCAUGGGAUAUGAAGCCUGCUCAACAACCUUAGCCAUGAAAUCAGGGUGUAUGGAUUAGAGGUUUGAAAAUAAGGGUUUUAACUCUGUAGCUCCAUUCAAGGUACACAAUCCAUGAAUCAAAGCUUUAUUUACACAUUA